GCUCCGGAGCCCGCGCCGCCGCCGGCCCCGCAUCUCGGGCGCCCGCCGCCCCCGCCGCCGCCGCCCGCGCGGGGAUGUAGGAUGCAGGCGGGCGCCAGGUUCCAGCGGCGGCGGCGGCAGCUGCAACAGCAGCAGCCCCGGCGGCGGCAGCCUCUCCUCUGGCCCAUGGACGCAGAGCCACCGCCGCCGCCGCCCUGGGUCUGGAUGGUGCCGGGCUCGGCCGGGCUGCUCCGGCUCAGCGCGGGGGUUGCGGUUCCCCCGGUGCUGCUCGCCUCGGCCCCGCCGCCCGCGGCCGCGCUGCUCCCCGGUCUCCCAGGCUGGCCGGCCCCGAGCGAGCCAGUGCUCCCGCUGCUGCCGCUGCCCUCUGCGCCAGACCCCGCCGCCGCCGCCGCGCACCCCUUCCCCGCGCUCCACGGGCAGUGGCUGUUUGGUGGCCAUUCUCCGUCCCUAGGACUGCCCCCCUCUUCCACAGUGGAGCUGGUGCCCAUCUUUCCACAUCUCUGCCCGUCUGCUCUUGCAACUCCUAUUGGGAAAAGUUGGAUAGAUAAAAGGAUUCCUAACUGUAAGAUCUUUUUUAAUAAUUCCUUUGCUCUGGACUCAACGUGGAUACAUCCUGAGGAGUCAAGAUUGUUCCAUGGGCAUGAAAAGCCUCAUUUGCUGACAAAUCAAGUCGCUGUGUCUCUGUCCAGGCCGGGUCCUGCCUCCAGGCCACUCCCCACAGUGGUGUUAGCACCUCAGCCCAUCCCAGGUGGCUGCCAUAACAGCCUUAAGCCGACCAGCAGCCCCGCCAUCACCAUCGCCACCGCUGCUGCCGCUGCCAUGGUCUCCAUGGACCCUGAGAGCCUCCGGGGCCCGUCCCCCGCCAGUGUGCAGCCGCGCCACUUCCUGACCUUGGCACCCAUCCAAAUUCCCCUCCGGACGUCCCCCUUCUCAGAUACAAGGACAGAGCGGGGCCGAGUGGCCCGCCCACCUGCCCUGAUGCUGCAGGCCCAGAAGAAGAGCCGGGUUGGGGACAAAGAAGACAAGGAACCUCCACCGAUGCUGGGGGGAGGAGAGGACAGCACAGCCAGAGGCAACAGGCCAGUGGCCUCUACCCCGGUGCCCGGAUCCCCCUGGUGUGUGGUCUGGACGGGCGAUGACCGAGUUUUCUUCUUCAACCCAACGAUGCACCUGUCUGUCUGGGAGAAGCCCAUGGACCUGAAGGACCGUGGAGACCUCAACAGGAUCAUUGAGGACCCGCCCCACAAACGCAAGCUGGAGGCACCAGCAACUGACAACAGCGAUGGGUCCAGUUCUGAAGACGGCAGGGAAGACCCAGAUGUGAAAACCAAGAGGAACCGGACCGAAGGCUGCGGGAGUCCCAGGCCAGAGGAGGCAAAGAGAGAUGACAAAGGCACGAGGACGCCACCCCCACAGAUCCUCCUGCCCCUGGAGGAGCGUGUGACCCACUUCCGAGACAUGCUGCUGGAGAGAGGGGUAUCAGCAUUUUCUACCUGGGAGAAAGAAUUACACAAAAUCGUGUUUGACCCACGCUAUCUCCUGCUCAACUCUGAGGAACGAAAGCAGAUAUUUGAACAGUUUGUCAAGACAAGAAUAAAAGAAGAAUACAAGGAAAAGAAAAGUAAAUUGCUGCUAGCCAAAGAAGAAUUCAAGAAACUUCUAGAGGAAUCUAAAGUGUCUCCCAGGACCACAUUUAAGGAGUUUGCAGAGAAAUACGGCCGGGAUCAGAGGUUCCGACUUGUUCAAAAAAGAAAGGACCAGGAGCAUUUUUUCAACCAAUUCAUACUUAUUCUUAAGAAACGGGACAAGGAAAACAGACUAAGGCUGCGGAAAAUGAGAUGAGUUUGUGAAAAAUGCAAUAACCCCGGGGGGGUUGGCCCUGGGCGUGCCAGGGGCGAGGAGGUCGCGGUGGAGACAGACACGGGCGUGGGGCGGCCGGCACCUGCACGACCCAGCGGGCACCGGCGCU